ACACACACACACACACAUACGCACACCCGCACGCACGCACACACACACACACACACACACGCAUGACACGGAAGCGCACACGUUCAUCGGCUUUAAUGAGCAGACCCAGGCUUCAGGUUUGAUCAUCUCCCAGCUCCUGACUGAACGCAGGGGGCUGAAGGCUCCAGGACUCAGUCCCCUCUGUGCUCAGACACCAUGAGGGCUGUUUUACUCGGGAUUUUCAUCCUCGUAAAUGGAGCCGUUUGGUCGCUUGAUCACUACAACUUUAACGGAGUGAUCAGACACUUUGUUGUGGAAAACGAUGCCCUGUUUAUUGCUACUGACUCUCAGCUCCACCAGCUGAGCCGCAACCUCUCACUGGAGAAGACUAAAGUCAUAUCAAACACAACGCAUCAGAACGCGUUGACGCUCCUGCUGCCUUUCAGCUCGAACGGAACACUGAUCAUCUGCGGCACUGCAGACUGUGGCUACUGCGAGAUCCUGAACAUCAGCGACAUAACCAGAACUAUCUACAUGGAGAACUACCUGCCUGUAGGACCGCAUGUCAACGAAUCAUCUGUGGCGUUUCUUAUCAAUUUCGAUAAAGACGGUACAUACCUUCUGGUUGGAAGAGAAGAUGUGGAUCAUGAGACGGAAUGUACAGUAGAUGCUGGGGUGACAUUGCGGUACACGAUCCAAAAAAAUAAAGAAGAUAUUUUUUCUAAACAAGACAUUAAAAUUGCAACUGAUGCCACGAUUAAAGUUGAUAAAGGUGUUAAGUGGGUAGAUGGUUUCCAAGUAUCUUCAAAGUCUCAGUCCUAUAUCGUGGCCAACAAUGUUUCAUCUAAAGAAGUGGUUUUUUUGAAGCUUGACAAUCAAAAGAACAAAGCAGACAUAAUUCAAUCUCUUCUGGUUUCAUAUUUACACUGCUGUGGAGACCAAAAACGACACAGACUUGUGUCCUCCACCAUUAUCGAGUCUUCUUUUAUAUGGGUUGGAAUAUUCAGUGCAGAACUUCCACAUCAUCCUGAAAACACUGCUUUGGUUGUUUACAACAUUUCUGAGAUUACAGAAAAAGGUGGUGGUCAUGGUUUUAACUGUAUUCCAACAUGUGACAAAGAGGGUCCACGGGUUGAAGUCGAGCCACUUGCUGUGGUGUUUAAACACAAUUCAAUGACAUCUGUAGCAGCAGAACAGAAAAGGUCUUGGACUGUGUUGUACAUCGGAACUGCAAAUAGCCAAAUCAUAAAGUUGGUGCUGGACACAGAGUACAAAUCUGGAUGUGCAAAAGUCUUAUACAGUUCUGAUGAUGACAGGAUGGUGUUUCGUAGAAUGUACUUUGACCCAGUGGAUCAUAAUUACAUCUACAUGGCUUUGGGAAAUCAGAUUAACCGUAUUGCAGUGACUAACUGUAGUAUGUAUAACAAUUUGAGAGACUGCAUUGGCAGCAUGGACCCUUUCUGUGGCUGGUGUGAGACCACAAACAAAUGCAGUGUGCAGGAGAAAUGCCCGACUUCACAGUGGCUCUCCAUUUCUCCAAAAGUUUUUUUUCUAAAAAAUCCCCUUUUUACCCCAGAGGUGUCUUCUGGGGUAACCGGGAAGAUCAAUCUGACUCUACACCUUCACCUGAAUGCCACAGGAAAUUUCUCCUUGACAUGUACAUUCAAGACCGGAAAUGUGGAUUUGUGUAAAAUAUCCAACACAACUGCACCUGUGUUUAACAAAUGCUCGUGUGAAUUUCCUGAAAAUCAUCUGUCUUCAGGUAGACCCAACAUUACAGUGACAUUUGGUAUCAGUAAUCAGACCUUCACAGAGAGAGUGACACUGAGAAACUGUCCAACCAUCACAGAGAACAUGCAAUCAGAUGCUCAGUGUGCAACCUGUGUCUCAGCUGGGUGUUACUGGAACAAGCGUAGCAGGAGGUGUAAUUGGGCUCAAUUAUCUCAACCAUAUGCAACAAUAAAGGACAUAUGCGGGUCUUCCUCUGAAAAGGAUUACAUGCCAGAGAUUCUGUCUUUGUGGCCAAAUGAAGUCUCCUUCCAUGGCAAAAACAAUGCAGUGAUCAAGGGGAAAAAUCUGCAACUGGUUGAGAAAAUUCGCUUCCAAGGCGUUAUUAACUGCAAUUUUAAAGAGACCCCAGUGUUGGAGCGCUUUAAUGACACACUGAAGUUCCAUAUUCCCAGUGGAAACAAAGAAACUGUGAGGGUGUGUGUGGUGACAGCAGAUGAACGUUGUCAUAGUAACGCCACAGUCACAUAUAGUUCCCAGCCUAUCUGUAGUAAAUUGCAGCCCAACGUCUCAUGGUCCAGGGGCAACAGGAAGAUACAUUUGUUGGGGAGCAACUUAGAGUUUGUGGAUGCAGUUAGGAUUCAUUCUCUUUCCAAAGAGCUCAUCCUCAGUUCAGAAAACAAGAGCUUUUGGUUUCACACUUACAACCAGAAUGAAUUAAAACAUGCUGGGCCAUUCAGUGUCUUUCUUGUAGCUGGGAACUCAUUUAUGGAAUGUCAUGAAAAGCUCUCUUACUCUCCAGACCCAGAAUUCACCAGCUUCUCUACUUCAAAAGUAGUCAAUGACUUGCUAAUCACCAUACAGAAAAAGGAAGACGAUUUGGAUUUGAGUAAAGCCGACCUAGAGGUUUGGGGCGUACAGGAACAAAAGAAGUUGAAAUGUAUUAUAGAGAACAUUAAGUCUACUGCUGUGAUCUGUAAGAUUUUAGGAGAUAAAAAUGGUCAAAUUCAGGUGGACUCACUUGUGAUUCAAUAUGGCAAUUUUAAAAUUGAGCUGAAUGUAGAAAGUAAUGCUACUACAUAUAUAAUAGUCACAUUAAUCAUUCUGAUUCUUCUUGGUGCUGUUGCUGGAGUAUUUAUCCACCGUAAGAGCCAACAACAAAUGAAUGCACAAAUGAAUGAACAUCUGGAACUGCUGGAGAAUGAAAUCCGAAAUGAGAUCCGACAAGGAUUUGUGGAUUUGCAGACAGAGAGUUCGGAUCUGAUUGAAAAUGUUGCUGCCAUUCCGUACCUAGAUUAUAAACAUUUCGCUCUGAGAAUAUUCUUCCCUGAGGGAGGGCCUUUAGCAAACCAGAUGAUCAAAGAAAUAGGACAGGAUGCAGUGAAGUCAGAGAUGGAUGAGAGAUUCCAAGCUUUCUCUUCACUGAUUCAAGACCAGACAUUUCUUGUAUGCUUUGUUCAUGCUCUGGAGUCACAAAAGAGCUUCAGCAUAAAAGACAAGUGUACAGUAGCGUCACUCUUGACUGUAGCCCUGCAUAGUGACCUGCCGUACCUCACCCAGCUGAUGGAGGAGUUACUCCAGAAUCUAAUAGAUCAGCCCAGCAAUGCUCAGCUGAAACUCCUGCUGCGCCGAACAGAGUCUAUUGUAGAAAAACUCCUUACCAAUUGGAUGUCCAUUUGCCUCUAUGGCUUUCUUAGGGAGUCGGUUGGACAGCCACUCUUUCUCAUGGCAUCAGCUUUAAACCAGCAGAUUGCUAAAGGGCCUGUGGAUGCAGUGACUGAGAAAGCUCUGUACACACUGAAUGAAGACUGGCUUCUGUGGCAAGCACAGGGCUUCAACUUCAGUCCGCUGAAGCUGAAGGUGCUGUUUGCUGUGGGAACAGAGGGAGAAGUGAGUGAACCACUGGAAGUCAGUGUGCUGACAUGUGAUACAAUCGAUCAGGUGAAAGACAAAAUCCUUCAGACCUUCCAGCGCAAGUUUGGCUUCCGAUAUACUCAACAGCUCAGAGACAUUGGCAUUGAAUAUAUAAAGGAAGGAAGUUGUGUGCCAUUAGAGGAAGUUGAUGGAAGCUCUGAGGUACAGGGGGAGGUGACGAUGCUGAACACUCUGAAGCAUUAUAAAAUCCCAGAUGGAGCUUCCAUUAAAGUUAUCACCAAAAAGGUUCAUGCUCCUCUUAGUCCACAGAUCAGUUUAAAAGAUGACCAGAACUUCACUACGAAGUACUUCCACUUGAUUGACCCAGACAAUGACACUGACCAGAGCGAACAUCCAGAGAGGAAGAAACUGAAGCUCAAAGAGAUUUAUCUUACCAAACUACUAUCCACUAAGGUGGCAGUGCAUUCCUUUGUGGAGACGCUCUUUCAGAGUAUCUGGGGAAUGCCCAACAACAGAGCUCCCCUGGCAGUGAAAUACUUUUUUGAUUUCCUCGAUUCACAAGCUGAGAAGAAAAAGAUCAUAGAUCCAGAUGUUCUUCACAUCUGGAAAACAAACAGCCUGCCACUGCGCUUCUGGGUGAACAUUCUGAAGAACCCCAACUUUGUGUUUAGUGAUCUUGAAAAAACUUCUCAUUUGGACAGCUGCCUAUCUGUUAUAGCUCAAGCUUUCAUGGACUCUUUCUCCCUCACAGACCAUCAGUUGGGCAAGCAUGCACCAACUAAUAAGCUUCUGUAUGCAAAAGAUAUUCCACGGUAUAAACAGGAAGUGAAGACAUACUACAAGCUGGUGAGGGAUCAGCCAUCUGUCAGCAGUCAGGACUUUAAAGUAUUCUUGCAAGAAGAGUCAAAGAAACAUGAGAAUGAGUUUAAUGAGCCUGCAGCACUGCGAGAGCUCUACAAGUACAUGGCACGCUAUUUCAGUGAGAUCGAACAACUCUUAGAGCAAAAUAGUGCCUCCUGUGGACUGAAAGAGGAAAUGCAUCGUGUGAAGGAACUUUUUGAAAGUGUGAAGAGGAGUGCAUGGAUCUGAGCGAAUGUGCCUCCAAAUUUGCUAUUUCUUUAAUUGUUGCCUGUCUUUUACAAUGCAGCAGAGUGUAAAAAGGCAGAAACACUAAUGGGGAGACUGGAGCACAUUUUAUAUUCACACCCAUGAACUGUGUAAGAAUGAGUGAAUGUCACUGCCCUAUCUUUAACCAUUAUAAAAUAAACCAAUGUGAUCUCCAGAUAAAGGUGAUGAUUUUCAUUAUAUUAACAGCUAAGCUUAAACUGCCGUAUCAUAUGGUACCAUGGCUGACAUGUGCAGACAAUGAAAUCUUCUCGUCCAAAAUGUGUAAUUUGAGUUUGUUCAAUGUAAAAUGUUGUGUUACAGUGUAGUGUAAUGCUUUAUAUUUCUUACCUCUGAAAUUCACAUGAUUUGAUAAUACAGUUAUAUUUUUUAGAUGAAGCAUUAGCCUGUAUUAAUGCAAAUCUUGAAUAAAGAUGACAAGCAUGUAUUUCUUUCCAAUGCACAAUAAGUACACAGUAUUAUUAAAGGAAUAUUUUUACUUUGUAAGAAUACGCAUCCUUUCAUUUUGAGCUGCAUAAUUUGUGUAUCUUCAGUAGUCAUUGUAGUUUUUUGCAAUAAAAAAGUGUUUGAUGCUCUA